UAGACUCGUGACAGCUUCCGACCGAAACGGUGGUGGAUUGCACUGCUCGCCAUCGCUGUUAGGUUUUUCCAGUGUAGUUGUGUACUGGUGGGCAGAAUUAUACAAUGCACAAUCGUUCUGCCAUCCUUACCCAGUGCCGUCGUGGCCGUAUAUGAGGUUGUGAGUGUGUGUGUGUUUAAUGUGUGAGCAUUUAGCCCGUGGCAGAUGCUAGCUGAACGACGGCCCUUUGCUCGGAUGAACGAGGUAGUGUACACUUGUAACUUGGUGUGUUUGUGAUACAGUUCUCGCUCGGUUAAGCGUUUGCAAAUUGGAUGUGGCUGAAAAUUAAAGUGAUGGUUUAGCUUGCGGCGUGUGGUGUCGUUGUCGCCGUCAUUGUAGUGGCUGAAUGAUGAAACCGACAGGCGAACCGAAGCUAACCGGGCUGAAAGGAAAGUGAUUUUCUGUGUACUUGAAAGCAUCAAGCGGAAGCACAUCCUGUGUGCGUUCGAAGAAGAAGAAGAAGAAGAAGCACCCAAAAUCGGAUCAACAUUAGGCGCUAUCAUCAUCGCCCCUUCGCUAGCGGGGAUUUUCCUCGACAUCUUAAUUGGCACUAAAAUACUAUUUGAUUGCGCCCAUCGUUCGACGUCCUCGUCGCGUGUCCGUGUUUGCUCUCAGUGUGAAAACGGAGCCGUAGAUGGUUAACAUUUUUGUCGAUGCUCUAGGUAACGGUGUACGUUUUUGUGCGUGGUGUAAUAGUAGCUUAAGGUGAAAGUGUCACACGUGUAAUGUGAACAAUUAAACGACGAUUUAGAGUGUGUGCGUGCGAUAUGGUACAUGGAGAGGUUCUGGCAUCCGCACUGGCGGAUGUAAUAGUAACCGUCCGGUCUGGUAUUUAGGCAAGCAGUAAAGCAGCACAUUUCACUCCCGUACCGCUCCAGCGGUAACCUCAGGAAGACAACGCCGUGUACGCUUGCUAGAGAGCCAUGGAAUCGACAGAGACACGCGAUUGGCCGCAGAAGAACGGCAGCAACAGUAUUGAUGGUCAUGGUGUUCAAUCGACGUCCGUCCCGUCCUCCGCGGUCGAUUCGUCCGACCCAGCUGAACAGCCGCUCAACAAUAAUGGCGACCGCAACGACAAUGGCACUGGUUGCUGUACCGUACCGAAGCUGGGCUCGCCGCGUCCAUCGAGUCCGGCCGAAAAUGGCGAGAGUGCUAAUUGCACCCUAAUGCGCAGCAAUUCCCGUCCCUCGACGGACGAUGGCAAUCUGCUGUCGCCAAAUACGUCCCGGUCCAGCAUGUCCCAGUCCCAAUCGCCCACCCACCAUCAUCUGUCGCCGUCCCACCGGUCAGCGCCGGCCGACUCGCUAUGCUCGCUCGAGGAACUGGACGAGGUCGGUGCGUUUUUUGAGGAGCAUUCGGCCGCCAUCGAACGUUGGUUCCGUGAGCGGGCACCGAACGACGUCGUUGCCAAGCUGCAGUCAAUUACCGCCGGGGACACGUCCAAGUCACCAAAAUCGCCGCACCGCGCGUCGGUUACCUCGGACCUGUUCCAGCAAUGGCUAGCAUCGUCGCCUGUAAAGAAAUGCCGUUCGCCGACCUCCCGGAGCUCCAUCUCCAACCGCAGCCAUCUGGCCGACCUGGACGAGGGCGAACUGUUCAUGGAGCUGAUACGGGACGUGGCCAACGAGCUCGACAUCGACGUGCUGUGUCACAAGAUACUGGUCAACGUGGGCCUCCUGACGCAUGCCGACCGUGGUUCGCUGUUCCUGGUGAACGGACCGCCCUCGGGGAAGUAUCUGGUCGCCAAGCUGUUCGACGUAACGCAAAACACUCCACUAGACGAGGCCGUCCGGCGCGCCAAACAGGACGAAAUCAUCAUUCCGUUCGGCGUUGGCAUUGCCGGUACCGUCGCACAAACGAACGAAACCAUCAACAUCAAGGAAGCGUACAAGGAUCCGCGCUUCAACAGCGAAAUCGACCAAAAGACCGGCUACAAAACGAACAUCAUCCUGUCCAUGCCGAUCUGCAACUAUGAGGGGCAGGUGAUUGGGGUGGCGCAGAUCAUUAACAAAACCAACGGAUCGCCCGAGUUUACCGAACGGGACGUGGAGAUAUUCCGUCGCUAUCUUACGUUCUGUGGCAUUGGUAUCCAGAAUGCACAGCUGUUUGAAAUGUCCGUCCAGGAGUACCGGCGCAAUCAGAUAUUGCUCAAUCUGGCCCGCAGCAUCUUCUCGGAGCAGAACAACCUGGAGUGCUUGGUGACGAAGAUUAUGACCGAGGCCCGCGAACUGCUCAAGUGCGAAAGGUGUGCCGUGUUUCUGCUCGAUCUCGACUGCGGCGAAGCGAACCAUCUCGAGCGGAUAUUGGAACGACCGGAGAGAACUCAUCAAACCGUUUCGCGCCGCACCAGCCACAACGUGGACGUGGAGGAUGUGCUCCAGCAGCAGAACACGAUCUCGACCCGGUUCACGAUGAUAUUCGAGCUGGGCAGCAGUCAUCAAUCAUCGGCCAAUAUACUGCGACCAUCCGUGAGCGACCUGAACAGCUCCAUGCUGGCCCAGAUAGCGGAGUAUGUGGCUGCGACGGGCGAAACGCUCAACAUUAGCGACGUGCUCGAGUGGCUGAAGGAUAAGUCGAUCUGCCAGCGGCAAACGGUCGUACAGCAGGCCCCGGCAGCGGACGGUACGGUCGCUACGACCGACAGCUUCGACGAGACGCACAGUGUUAAAUCGAUACUGUGCAUGCCGAUCAUCAACGGUCAGAAGACGGUCAUCGGUGUCGCUCAACUAAUUAAUAAGCAAAAUGAUCUACAAUUUACCAACUGUGAUAUCUCCAUCUUUGAGGCGUUCGCCAUCUUCUGCGGGCUCGGCAUCCACAAUACGCAGAUGUACGAGAGUGCCUGCAAGCUGAUGGCCAAGCAAAAGGUCGCCCUCGAGUGUUUGUCGUACCAUGCAACCGCUAGUCAGGAUCAGACGCUGAAGCUGGUCAACGAUACCAUCCAAUCAGCCGAGGAGUACAAGCUGUAUAGUUUUAAGUUCAUCGACUUCGAUCUCGACGACGAUGACACAUGCCGGGCAGCGGUGCGGAUGUUUCUGCAAUGCAAUCUGGUUCAGCAAUUUCACAUUCCCUACGACGUCCUGUGCCGCUGGAUACUGAGCGUGCGGAAGAACUACCGUCCAGUGAAGUAUCACAACUGGCGCCACGCACUGAACGUGGCCCAGACCAUGUUUGCGAUGAUGAAAACCGGCAAGAUGGAACGCUUCAUGACGGAUCUAGAAAUUCUCGGCCUGCUCGUCGCCUGCCUCUGCCACGAUCUGGACCACCGGGGCACGAACAACGCAUUUCAAUCGAAAACCGACAGUCCGCUGGCCAUCCUGUACACGACCAGCACGAUGGAGCAUCACCAUUUCGAUCAGUGCGUCAUGAUACUAAAUUCCGAGGGUAACAACAUUUUCCAGGCACUGUCCCCGGAAGACUUCCGCACAGUGAUGAAAGUCGUCGAGACGGCCAUCCUGUCGACGGAUUUGGCGAUGUACUUCAAGAAGCGCAACCAGUUCCUGGAGCUGAUCGAGAACGGCGAGUUCGACUGGCAGAGCGAGGAGAAAAAAGAAAUCCUGUGCGGCAUGAUGAUGACGGCAUGCGAUGUGAGCGCCAUUGCGAAACCGUGGGAGGUUCAGCACCGGGUGGCCAAAUUAGUGGCGGACGAGUUUUUCGACCAAGGCGAUCUGGAGAAGCUACAGCUCAAUCAGCAACCCGUGGCGAUGAUGGAUCGCGAGCGCAAGGACGAGCUGCCCAAGAUGCAGGUCGGAUUCAUUGACGUCAUCUGUCUGCCGCUGUACAAGGUGCUGACGGAAGCGUUCCCCUGGAUCAGCCCGCUGUACGAGGGUACGAUGGACAACCGACAGCACUGGCACGAUCUGGCCGAGAAGGUGGAGAUGGGGCUGACCUGGAUCGAUCACGACACGAUCGACAAACCGGUGGAGGAGUUUGCCGCUGGCAAGGAACCGUUGGCCGACAUCGAGUUCACGGUAACGACGCUCAACUGUGCCCACCCGGAAGACAAAACCGAAACGACGCCCGUGCACGAGCGGAAGCCACGCUUCAGCAGCCUGCGCAAGACGGGUGCGCUUGGGAAGGCCGUCCGCAACAAGCUCUCCAAAUCGGUGCACCACAAUGCGCCGGCCACCGGUAGCGAGCGACCAUCGUCGAUUGUUUCCCAGCCCGGCAGUACCAAGAGCGGCACGGACGACGGCAUACCAACUCCGGUCGGUGGCGAUCACCCUGUGGUGGCGGCUGUACUGGAGACUAAGGAUCACGGCACCGAUCAGCACCACGAACAAGCGAUGUCGCACUCUGUCCCGGUGACACCGGGCAGCGGGAUGCCUCCGACACCGGUGCAGGACGGACCGGCGACACAGCCACCAAAGCAUCCCACCAAGCCGGUCAAGAAGCGCUCCAAGCUGUGCAUGCUGUUGUGACCCAAGUUUUACACCGACUCGUCGGAUGAUGCCGGCAGUGGCAGUGGUUCGGCCGCCGACAGGGAGAAUGCCGUCUAGAGCGAGUGUGUGUGUAAGAGAGAGAAAGAGAGAGAGAGAGAGAGAGAAAGAAAGAGAGAGAGAGAGAGAGAGAGAGCCACAACGGUGAAGACGUUAGCCAUUUAGCUCAGACGCCGUUCUCCCGGACUUGACCGAAUUGUAGCGUUGUUUUUCGUGUUGUAGCGAAGGCAAAAAAAAAACAUUCCGUAAACCAGCGGACCAGUCAUGGGAAUCUGGAAAGGGGAAGUGAUUGGAGAGGAAGUAAAAUGAAUAACCGGAUCGCUUUUUGGUCACGCUGUUUUAGCAUACACGAUACAAAUUUUCGAACAACCCUGUUGAGGCGGGGCUGUUUGGACACAAGGCUGUUAGUUCAAUGUUGGUUCUUAGUCCUAGUUUUUCCUAGUGUGGAAUUUGUAAUAGUUACGCUGUAGUUAUAAAUAUGCUCAAAAGAAAAUCCCAAAGAGUGUAAAGGCGGUAGACAUGUCUCGGAGCGGUUUGCAAAGGAAGGACAAGGAGAGCUUCCCCAGCCGGCCCAACCGAAUAGGAUACAUCUAAUGGUCAAUUUAGGAAACUUACCAUACAUAACACCACCAGGCAACGGUAGGACAGUAAAUUUGUUCAUGUCCUUACUUGUUAUGCAAAAGAGAAUAGGAAAGAUAAUGUGACGUGAAAAAAAAGAAAAAAAACACACACUCACACAAUUCAAACCCCCGCAGAAACCAAUUGGUGUUAGCAUCCUUGUGUGAGUGUCUGUUGCACUGUGUUGCAUGUUGAAUCCCGGGUCAGAGAAUGCAAAAACAAUCCCCUCCCCCAUCUGAAACAAACAUACAAAUAAACCGAGCCAGCGGUUUUCGGUCUGACAGGUUCUGGUGGCAGAACGAAAGUCCUAGUCAUUAGUGGUCGUUUCUAGCAUGCCAUGAUUUCGUAGAUAUUAAGCACUCAGUAUAUAAGUAUGUGUAUGAGAGAGAGAGAAAUAGAGAGAGAAUGAGAAGUACAGAAAGAGAGAUAGAAAGAAAAAGCUUACCACAUUCAUGGUGUACCGAAUUUUUGUCGGUGUAUUAGUGAUUGUGGUUGCUGUGGCAACACGAAUGUGACUGUGGUUCCCUUUUCCCCUGCAGCUACUCUACCGGUUGUUGUGGGUUUUUGUGAGAAAAUUGAGACAGAGGGAGAGAUCGUUUUGCGUUGUUAUUCGUUAAGCUGCAACAGACCAUAGCAGAUAGAUGUUAGAGUACAUUGAAACCAAAGCAAAAGUCGGUGUAGUUUGCUGUGAGCCGCGAAAAACAAACUCCAAAACAUUGUCCAUACAAAG